AUGGGAAAACGAAAUGGAGAAGAAAGCAUAGCUGAUGCUUCUUUGAAUGAAAGUGCUUUAGUGGAUGCUCCAUCAACUGCCAAAGAAGAGUACGAACACCUUUGUUCUUUGGUGAAUGCAAUAGCGAAACCGUUAGCAAAUAGGAAAUUGGCGAAGAAAUUGUAUAAACUGGUGAGGAAGUCAGCUAAACACCAACAUUAUCUUCGGCAAGGUUUGAAAGAUGUUCAGAAGGCGAUACGGAAAAAAGAAAAGGGUAUCAUGAUCCUCGCAGGUAAUGUGUCUCCAAUAGAUGUCUAUUCGCAUAUUCCUGCAUUAUGUGAGGAACAUGAGAUACCAUACGCUUUCACACCAUCCCGUGAGCAGCUGGGUUUAGCAGCAGGUCACCGGCGACCAGCCAUUGUACUUCUUGUUCGGCCAAACAGCAACUAUCAAGAGUUGUAUGAUGAGGUAGGACUAAAACAGCAUUUUUACAAAGUCUAUGAAGCUGUUAAUGCACUCGUCGUUGAAUGA